AUGGUAUGGUAUGGUGAUAACAAGCUACAAAGUGUUGACACGCAAAAAAAUACCGAUACAAGUCGUGGUAGUGCUGCCGGAUUAUCAAUGGAUAAUCAAGAAAAAUUACUCGCUGAUGCUUUACAAAACGUGCGUCAACAUGCCUUUGCAAUGAAACGUGUACUCGAUCAACAAUCCGUGAUGGAAGGACUUAAACAUGCUGCUAACAUGCUUGGAGAAUUACGUACAUCGCUUCUUUCACCCAAAAAUUACUAUGAACUACAUGUUGUUGUCGUGGAAGAACUUCACCAUCUUGAACUCUAUCUGACGGACGAAUUCGAACAUGGACGUGGCAGUCACGAUCUGUAUGAAGUUGUACAAUAUGCAGGAAACAUUGUUCCGCGAUUAUAUUUGCUGAUUACUAUUGGUCACGUUUAUAUCCGAGCAAAUGAAUUGCCUCGCCGUGAAGUACUUCGUGAUCUGGUGGAAAUGUGCCGAGGUGUUCAACAUCCAUUACGUGGUUUAUUUCUUCGUAAUUACCUUUUGCAAUGCGCGAAGAGUUUACUACCCGAUACUGAAGAAGAAAAUCAAGAAGAAAAUAAGUCAGGUACCAUACUUGAUUCAUUGGAUUUCAUUCUGCUGAAUUUUUCGGAAAUGAAUAAACUUUGGGUACGAAUGCAAUAUCAAGGGCAUACACGAGAUCUCCAACGACGUGAACAAGAACGUCGAGAAUUACGUAUUUUAGUUGGAACGAAUUUAGUACGUUUAAGUGAACUUGAAUGUGUGAAUGUUGAACGCUAUAAAACAGUAAGUUGA